AACAAAGUUAAGAAAAAAAUAGCCAGCACACACAUCAGUGUGUGUACAGAGGAAACUGUACUUCCUCUUUUAAGUGUGAAGUUUCUCUGGUCCGUUUGAAACCGGUGCACAUUCUUGCCAGGACAAGAUAACCCAGAGGAUUACCGUAUACAACAAGGAUGCACAUUUUGUGUUCUGUCCUGCUUUUGGCUUCUCUGGUCUUCGGCCACACUCUGCCUGCUGUAAAUAAAAUGUGGGAAGACUGGAAAAUCAAACAUCGCAAGGUUUAUGAUAAUAAGACCGAAGUGGUUUACAGAAGAGCAGUAUGGGAGAAGAACAUGCAGUUGGUGUUCAGACACAACCGGGAGGCCUCAGCAGGAAUACACAGCUUCACACUGGGACUCAACCAUCUGGCUGACAUGACAGAUGAGGAAAUCAAUGAGAGGCUGAAUGGCCUGAAGCUGGAGGAGCCGACUGAUUUCAGAAAUAACACUUUUAAGGAUGUGAGUGGCUUAUCGAUACCUCAGAGUGUGGACUGGAGGAAGGAGGGCCUGGUCAGUCCAGUCCGGAACCAGGGGUUGUGUGGGUCCUGCUGGGCCUUCAGCUCUUUGGGAGCUCUUGAGGGUCAGAUGAAGAAGCGAACAGGUGUCCUUGUCCCCCUGAGCCCACAGAACCUGGUGGACUGCAGCAUGAGCGAUGGCAACUUGGGCUGCAAAGGAGGAUACAUCACUAAAUCCUACAGCUACAUCAUCCGCAAUGGAGGCGUAGACUCAGAAAACUCUUACCCCUACGAACACCAGAACGGGAAAUGUCGGUAUUCUGUCCCGGGAAAGGCUGGCUACUGCUCUAAUUUCCACGUCCUCCCUCAAGGAGACGAGAACACUCUGCAGUCUGUGGUGGCAUCAGUGGGGCCGGUCGCCGUUAUUGUGAACGCCAUGCUGCCGUCUUUUCACUUCUACAAAGGGGGUUUGUACAAUACACCCUUCUGCGACCCAAGGUUCUUAAAUCACGCUGUCCUGGUUGUAGGCUACGGUUCACAUGAAGGACAAGACUUCUGGCUUGUGAAAAACAGCUGGGGAACUGCAUGGGGGGAAGAAGGCUACAUUCGAAUUGCCAGAAACAGGAAGAAUCUCUGCGGCAUUGCCAGCUUUGCAGUCUACCCUAUUGUGUGAAAAUGAAACCCAUCACCUGAAUCAUCUUGGCAGGAUUUAGGUUAUUACAUUUAUAUAUUUAGUAUUAGAGACAAGAUAUUUGUUUGUUUAUUGUUUUGUUUUAUUGUUUAGAGGAUGACUUUGCUUUCAGUCUGUUGAAGUACAUGCUUAGCUUUUGAUGAUAAUGGAAGAACAUGAAAUAUCUGCCUGAAAUAUUGUCAUUAUUGUUGCAAGGUGUAGUAGUUGCAGUAUUUGUGUUUUAUUAUUAAAGUUAUCUACGUAAAGAAAGCUGAGAAUAAUAAACCUUUUGCUGAACCUUG